GACCGCUUAUUUAUUUACGUGCAAAUGUAUUCCAGAGCGUUUGAAAUAAUCGAAGGUGUUAACUCAGAGCCUCGGGAUCUUUAUGAAACCGAUAUUCUUUUUAUAGUUGGCUCAGCACUGGGAGAGGUAAUGCGCUGAAGAUGCGCAGCUGUGACGCUCCGGGGCUCCUCUUCCUGGUUGGACGCCGUUGCCUGUAGUUCGCCCGCCGCCCCUCCCGCAACGAGGACACCGCCUCACAGAUGCUCCGCGCCGCAGCCCCCGACACCUUCAUUCAUGUGUCUGUCUAUUUGACGAUUUCGGGGUGUCGCUCCCCUAUUUCGUCCGUCUGAAAGCCGAGCAUUUUCAGUUUUCGAGACCGAUGCGGGCUCUACUGUAAAACGGCAUUCCGUCAUUUUUCGACGUCAAUCCAGAACAUCCGCAAAUUCUUUUAUUCUCGGACAUCACGACACGUUUCUCGUCCGGCUGCUAACAGCAAGUGGACUAGAACUCGUUUCGCCUGGGUGCCCUCGAGUCAGUGGAAACAAGACCGGCGAGUUAGGUUUUAACAGCCUCCACGUUUAACUGUUUCUUGAAUGUUCCAUCAUUCACCACCUGUGUCUUUUGCACAAUGGAAGUCAAGCCAAUCUGCUUAACUGCCAACAUCAGAGUAAACUGUAAAAGCUUGAGUCCUAGAGGAUAGCAAUAGCCUCCUGCUUCUACCCCCCAUCCCCUAAAUAUACUACUGUUCGAAAAACAGUAUCUGGCACGUCACUUUGUUUACAUCUAACCUUCUUUGGUAGCGAAAAGAGAAGGGUUAUUUAUAUUUUACAAAAAAAAACAUCAGUACCUCUUGAUAGUUUCUUUAAAUUUUUUUUUGUAUGAAUAUUUAUUAAAUUCAUUCCAUCUAGGGCUUUUAAAAGAUAGUUUUCAAAGUUUUUAAGCACUAAGUUGUAAGCAAUGACACCCAUAACCGUGGGCACGGUAACUGUGGCCACCACUGUGAUGCUGGUUGGUGACUCCUCGCUGUCGGAAUACCUUUGGCUGCUGGUGGUGGGCUUUCUCAUCGCCUUCGUCCUGGCCUUCUCUGUCGGUGCCAAUGACGUGGCCAACUCGUUCGGCACGGCCGUGGGCUCGGGGGUGCUCUCGCUCCGGCAAGCCUGCGUCCUGGCUACGGUGUUCGAGACGUUGGGCUCGGUGCUGUUGGGAGCCAAGGUGAGCGAGACCAUUCGCAAGGGCAUCAUCGAUCCUGCGGUGUACAACGGCUCUGAGCACGUCAUGAUGGCCGGCUCCGUCAGCGCAAUGUUUGGCUCUGCUGUGUGGCAACUGCUGGCUUCGUUUUUGAAGCUCCCCAUCUCUGGAACGCACUGUAUUGUAGGAGCCACCAUUGGCUUUUCCUUGGUGGCAAAAGGUCAGCAGGGGGUUAACUGGAAAGCACUGGGCAAGAUUGUGGCUUCCUGGUUCCUCUCCCCACUCCUCUCUGGAAUCAUGUCUGCUCUUCUCUUCUUCUUGGUUCGUUUGUUCAUCUUGGGAAAGAUGGACCCUGUUCCUAAUGGUCUGAAAGCCUUGCCUGUGUUCUAUGCCAUGACCAUGGGAAUCAACCUGUUCUCUAUCAUGUUUACUGGAGCUCCAAUGCUGGGGUUUGAUAAGCUGGCCUGGUGGGCAACGUUGCUCAUUUCACUGGCCUGUGCCGUCAUCACAGCUGUCGUCGUCUGGUUCUUUGUGUGCCCUUACCUGAAGAAGAAGAUUGAACGUGAAAUUCAGUCCAGCCCCUCUGAGAGUCCUCUGAUGGAGAAGAAAGGCCUUCAUUGCCCCAUCCUGAAGCCUGUUCCAGAGGAGCCCCCACUGGCUGCCCCGCCAUCUCCACUUGCUUCCGCUGAAGAACGCAGGGUGGCAUUUGACAUUGGUGAAGAAGAGGAGGGUGAAGACAAGGAUUCAAGCUCUGCUGCUCCGGACCAGUGCCAGGCCCAGGUUCAAUUCAGCAAUGGGUUGACGCAUAUUCCCAGCCAUGGCGGCAGCCAGUACCACACGGUUCACAAGGAUUCCGGUCUGUACAAAGACUUGCUGCACAAACUACACCUGGCAAAGGUGGGGGACUGCAUGGGUGAGACAGGGGAGCGACCCAUGCGCCGCAACAACAGUUACACAGCCUACACCAUGGCGAUCUGUGGCCUGCAUGCUGACUUCCGUCCUCGGGAGGGUGAGUUGCGUCUCAGUGAUGACUUUGAUCGUGAGAAGGCCGGGUUGGGAGCAGGUCAAGAAAAGAAGAGGGUACGGAUGGACAGUUACACCAGCUACUGCAAUGCCGUGGCUGACAAUGGACCACCUGAGUGCAUAGGCGAGGGUGAGGUGACACUGGAGGUGCACGACAGAGACAACGAAGGAAGUCAAGGCUCGCUUGAGCGGGACAGGAUGGAUGGCGAUCGGCCUGAGGUCUCACUGCUCUUCCAGUUCCUGCAGAUCCUCACCGCAUGCUUUGGCUCCUUCGCCCACGGCGGCAAUGAUGUCAGCAAUGCUAUUGGACCCCUGGUAGCUCUGUGGCUGGUGUACCAGGAUGGUGCUGUGAUCUCCUCUUCCCCCAUACCCAUCUGGCUGCUGCUGUAUGGAGGUGUCGGCAUCUGCACGGGGUUGUGGGUGUGGGGCCGCAGAGUCAUUCAAACUAUGGGAAAGGACCUGACUCCUAUCACCCCCUCCAGUGGCUUCAGCAUUGAGCUGGCUUCCGCAGUGACCGUUGUGGUGGCUUCCAACAUUGGCCUUCCCAUCAGCACCACACACUGCAAGGUGGGCUCAGUGGUGGCUGUGGGCUGGCUCCGUUCCAGGAAGGCUGUAGACUGGCGUCUGUUCCGCAACAUCUUCAUGGCGUGGUUCGUGACCGUGCCCAUCUCGGGCCUCAUCAGUGCUGGCAUUAUGGCCCUUUUCAUCUACGUCUUCCUGUGAGGUCCAGCGACCAAUGUCAUUCUGUUUACAAGUAGGGGUUCACGUAGCACAGGACCGAAGCGCAAACAGUUUGCGUCCCAGCCAUCGUGGUUGAAGCCCUGUGGUAAAUGCCUAUGUAUCUGACUGCAGUUAGUCUCCAUUUGGUCUUACAUUUCCUGUCUCUGUGCUGGUUUUUUUUUUUUUUUUUUUUUUUUUGUCCUACAAGAGGGGUGAGACAGGGGUCCUAUUCCUGACUCUAUCUGCAGUCUUGCUUAUAUGGCAAAUACAAUCCCAAGGUUCAUUGUGCUGUACAAAGUCUGAAAACACAGGCUUAGCAUAGCUUAGACAUCUUUAGUUAAAUUUUUUUUUUUAAAGAAUUAUUUUGUACUCAUUGAAAGCAAAUGGUUGCAAAUGCAGUAUUAGCUUUUUUUUAAACAAAUUAAUUUCUUACUCUUAAACUGGCAUAUACCUAGAAUGAGGUAUGCUUUAGAUGCCAUUUGGGUUUGUAAUGGUGUAUGAUUCUUAGUGUUCAGAAAUCUACACGUUUGUGCGCGAGAUAUCAAAGCAGGUUGUUAGGACAGGGAAGCUACGAAGUCUCAGCUUUUUACAUUCGCUCACAUUGUGUGUCUUUCCUUGAAAUGGUAUUGAAUCCUCUCUCUGGUUUCAAGUUUUUAACCAUUUGUCCAGUCACCUAAAUCAACUAAAGUGAUCUUGUUUAUCAAAAAUGGAAAGAUCAUACAGUCUUAAUGGCUAUUUUUUAUUUAAAAUUUAGCAAUCCAAUUGAUCUUUGAUAAGACAGUAAAAAGCAGUCACAAAACUUAUUUCAUUUUUUGUUCCUCUUUCUGCAUAGAGGUGAACUGAAAGCAGAAUAGUUCUCAAGAUUGGGGGAACAAAAACUCCGUGUCUAAAUGUCAUAAGAAAAACACCUCUACAGUAGUGGUUGUAUAAUAAAACUUCAGUUCUCUAUUUCAGGGAGACCACAGAUGCCCAUUUACCCAGAAUGCAGUCAUUGUCUGUCAUUAGUUGGAUGUAUUUGAAAUUUUUUGUUGAAUUGAAAUAAUUUGCAGUGCAAAUUAUGCUUGAUUCUCAGUUCUUCGUACAAGCAAGAUAAACUCAUGCAGUUAGUACACUGGCUCAAAUCACGAAUCCUAUUGAGACAUGAAGUCUGUUUCUAAAUACAAAGUCAGUUUACCACAAAAUCAGUCAAUAAAGGCUUAUAAAAAGAUCCUCACUUUAUUUGCUGGUUGAGUUCUGGAGUUUUGGAUAAAAUCUUUGAUAAAGCUAUAAUACAUUAAUGUUAUGGGGGUGCGGGGGCGCAGUGGGUUGG